UCUACGUGACUUUACCGAAAGAACCAAAGAAGAACAUGUAGAACAAAGUGCUUUUAACAUGUUUAUGUAAUUACAGGGAUAUAGCUUAAUGUGGAACACAACCUACAUCCAUUAAUAACAGUGUUGCCUUAAAAGGAGAAUAUAUAUAAUAAAACAGCUGACGUUUUGGGCAAUGACCCUUCCUCAUAGCAUAUAGAUCAGCUCCGGAUACAUUUAUACAUCAAUACUAUAUAUGUUUUCCUUUUAAGGCUACGGUGUUGUUGACGAAUGUGAUCAAUUGUUAUUGUUUGUGCUCGACCACCACUGCCAACGCAGUAUCACAAAACAAUGGGUGCAAUAGUGAAAUCAGCAACACAGUAUGCUCUGAAAGUUUAAAGUGCGUAAAUAAUUAGUGAAUGCAAUUGGCUUCGUGGUGAGCUGGUGUCAGAUGUCCUCAAGCAACGUGGCUUCAGAAUGCUCGGUGAGGGCCCGUGUAGGUUCUUAUACAUUUCUUCAUCACAGGCUCAAAGGUCAAAAACGUCCAGCGGCCAGCAGAAAACAGCACGAUUAAAGUCGUAAUAGAUAAGAGUUAACACUUUUUUUUUUAUUGAGCAAGGUUAGAUUGGGAAAUCAGACGAUGAGAGGGAAUUUCAAAGUGGAGCAGUCCGAGGGAAGAAGCAGGAGGAGACGUCUCAAGACCUGCAGUGUCGUGGUUGAAUUCAGGGUGGAUGCGAAAAAGCAGUCAGUGUGGUAGACCGAGUCCUCAGCAUGGGUGGAUGAAUCAGUGAGUGAAGUUCACUAGAACAGUCACCGUGGUAGUAGCGGUAGAAGAGUGACAAGGAGGUUAUGACCACCGGUGAGUGAGUAUUUGGAGUGAACUAGUGAGUUUCUGGGUCAUCACUCAUCCUGACUUAUUUAUUCUGAAUUAUAUCUGGUGCAGUGAGGUCGGAACUCGGCGCUCCACCCAAUAUAAUAACAGUGUUUUGUAUGUGAAGCGCCUCCGAUCAGCACAGUUACGUAUGGUGCGACAGAAAUUUUACAUACAUACGAAGCACUCUUUGAUACGCGCUGGUGUGGAUGAAACACAAAUUAUUGUUAUUUUAUCGUUGUUUCUCUUUCUUUUUAAGGCAAUUCUGAGAGUAAGUAGAAUGGACUCCGUCAGCAUAAUCCAGGACUGGGAGUAAAUGCUGGACAAGCGCUGCAUGGUAGCAGCGUGAAAAAACGGUAAAAAAAUACCGGUUAGCGGUUUUCUGUACCUGUGGAGGUGUCAAGCAAUAAACAUAUUCUAACUGAGGAGCAAGGGAGCUGCUACAGCGGUGCAAUGGUUCGCACACUGAACUUGCAAUCCAGAUAUCGCCGGUUCGAUUCCAUCUCGAAAACACUCCACCGUUCAUGCAGCGAGGAAAAUAUCGCGACAGAUUGGGAAUGGGUCAUCUAACUCAUGGUGGUGGGGGGGUGAUCGUGAUUGGUGGUGAUGUCAGACUUGUAUUUAGGCGCUCACACUCGCACACUCCUCCCAGACACGGGUUGUGUUUAACGCACACAAGCAAGCAAACACACACAUACACACACAUGUGUCAUUCAAGCCUGUAAGAAUUAUACGCGGAACCAGACGCAGAAGCAACGGACAUAGAAGAGCGCCAACUUGGGAGCGUUGGAAUUGCAAUUGAAUCCUCUAGGCAUUGCCGGAGUUUUGCAUGUCCUCACCCAGGAAUAUGCCUCCCAACGUGACAGCACCACAGCCACAGAGGAGCGUGAAUUCCCGUGCCAGGGCGUGCCGGGAUGGCUCACAGCCCGGCAAGGAAGCCAGGCGACCAGGGGCUCGGGGAGAGAAGCAGGCACGACUGCAGCUGCACGGCGCCGGGGCCAAGCCAGUGGCAUUUUCCGUGCGUACCAACGUGGCCUUCCAUUGUGCCAACCAGAAGGACGUCCCAGUGCCAGGAGCAGCCCUGUCCUUUGAGGCCCACGACUUCUUGCACAUCACAGAGAAGUACAGCAGUGAAUGGUGGAUUGGCCGAGCUGUGAUGGAAGGAGCGCCACUGGGGUUCAUCCCCAGCCCUGGCCGUCUGGAGCAACACGCUCGCCAUGCACUCCUCCACCCAAGCAAGACUGCAGGCGGUGCGGAGGAGAGCGGCGGCGGAGCCAAGCACACGGCGGCAGCCCCGGCCCAUGCCAAGCAUAAACAAAAGCUGGCGGAGGGGAUUCCUCCAUACGACGUGGUGCCAUCGAUGCGUCCCGUGGUGCUGGUCGGGCCUUCACUCAAGGGCUACGAGAUCACAGAUAUGAUGCAGAAGGCACUGUUUGAUUUUCUCAAGCACAGAUUCGAGGGAAGGAUCUCUAUCACUCGUGUCACUGCUGAUGUCUCGCUGGCUCGCCGCUCUCUGGCGAUCAAUCCCAGCAGGCAUGCACCCCUGGAGCGCACCACAGCCCGUGCCACCUCUGAUGUGCAAGCUGAAGUUCAGGGGGAGGUUGAACGAAUCUUUGAGCUAGCUCGCACCCUCCAGCUCGUGGUGCUGGAUGCUGACACCAUCAAUCAUCCGGCUCAGCUCGCACACUCCAGCCUCGCACCCAUGCUGGUCUACGUCAAAAUAUCAUCUCCCAAGGUGCUGCACAGGCUCAUAAAGUCACGGGGAAAGACCCAGAGCAAGUACCUCAACAUGCAGAUGGUUGCUGCAGAGAAACUCGCACAGUGUCCUUCGGACCUCUUUGACUUAAUUCUGGAUGAGAACCAGUUGGAUGAGGCUUGCGAGCACUUGGCUGAUUUUUUGGAGAUGUACUGGCGGGCUGCACACCCCACUUGCGGUAGCGGCACCCCUGCUGCCGUUGCGGCUAUACCAGUCUCAAUGCCACCUCCGUCUAACCCCGAGCACUCUGUGGCUCCAUAUCCUCCAAACCAGCAUGAACAGCAAACAAGCAGGGAGCACACAACGACACCGCCGAGCCCCCGGCGACACGCCAACCACUACCACAAGAUGACGGAGCGAGGGGGUCACGGCGAGGAGACCUGCGAGCCAGUGCAUGCCUCGAAAAUUGUAAAGGGCCUGGCGGCACAUAAGAAGAGUUCACAGAACUCGUGUGAAGAACGGCCAAAGCACGGCCACGUCAAGGUGGGCAGCGUCAGAGAAGAGAGAACGGGAGAAAAGGGGAGUCAACAAAGGGACGAUCACCGCCGACAAAGAAAACACCAAUCGCACGGGCACCAUGACCAUUGAAACGUACACAGCCACGUGCAACAGCCAGGCCACUUACCGACUGCCUCUCACCUCUCAUAGGGACCAAAGGACCGAAACCCUCAAAAGCUGAGUCACUCCAAAACAUUAAAGUGCACUGUAGCCAGGACAAAACAUUGACACGGUUCUCGCUCGGUCUCUGUUCGUGUCUAAAACAAUUGGAAUCCAUCGCUUAAAAAGUAUCCUGGAAUAUUCUGCCGUCUGAGUCACAGUUUGAUGCUGAGCUGUCGAUUCUGUGCGAUAACUUCACUUGCACUUGUAUUUGACACACGUCCCUCUAUGUUUACACACUGGUGCAAGUUACUAUAAUCCCAUUUUCAUGUUUCUGUAACUGAACUUUGCUAUGGUUUUUAAAAUCAAAUUGUCCGAGCCGAGUUUCGUUACAGGAAAUAUAGUAUUUAAUAUUUGUGUGUACUAUUUUCAACUUCAUCUGUAAUGUAGUUGUCUUUGAUCCGAUUCUAAUUGCUUCAUUGCAGUACUGUACUUUGUUUUUAUGUUAUUGCUUGUCAUUUGGUGACCCAGGUACCUCUUGCAAAUACGACUCAUUGUAUCUUGAGCUCUUACCUGGUUAAUCAAAAUAAAACUUGAAACUGGACAGUUAUGAGCAAGAACAUUUAUCUAAAGCAAAUGAACAGGGCUAGUCUCUCAUGAACUGUCCUUGCCGCAAGUUUACAGAUCUGCAGAAGUUUCUCAAUGGAUGCAGAUUUGUAAGACUGUUAAGUGUUAUGCUAUUUAUCUAACAGAGUUUCCUUGCGGUUCAAGCAAGCCUCACUCUGCUGAUGAGACCGGCCCAGUUUGCUUGUCUUAAAUCAAUGCUGCUGAAUUAUGCUCUCCCAGAGGGAAGGUCGUGUCACCAAUUGGAUGAGUAAAAAGUACUUUUUACGUGGAAGGACAGAUAUGUUACUUGUGCUCCAACUGCUGGUCCAUGGACCAUACCCCCCUUUUGUGUGAUGUGGGUAUAACAUGUCCCCACUUCCAGGAUCAGUGUCUGUAGGGAAAUGCAUGACAGUGGUGGACCAACACCAACCUGUUUAGAUAGAGAUACGUUUGAUUCAUUUCAGCAAAAAGAGCCCAAUGAGCUGGCAGGCUCUAUUUCAUGGGCAUCCUGCUCAUGAAACAUUAUGAGAAAAAAGUUUUGCUGGCUGGCAGGACAUCAUGUCCAAU